AUGGCUACGAAUCUUCCACCACCGAAAGCUCUUCGUCUAUCGGGAAAUGCAAGUGAGAAUUUCAAGUUGUUCAAGCAGCAGUACGAAUUAUAUGUGAACGCCAUUGGAUUAUCUACUGCCAGUAAGGAAAGGAGAAGUGCUAUACUGCUAAAUCUCGCAGGUGAGGAGGCGCUGAAAAUCUACAAUGGCUUCACAUGGGCUCCAGCGGUAGGUGACCCCGAAGGGGAGGAACAUGUACCAGCAGAGGACAAACUGGAUCCGGAAUUAAUUCUGGAGAAAUUCCAGAGGUUCUGCACGCCGAAAACAAAUGUUACUUAUGAACGUUACAAGUUUCACAGGUAUACGCAAUCAGAAGGUGAGAGUUUCGAUAAUUUCUUAUCACAAAUUAACACUCUCGUGUCUACGUGUGCCUACGGUGAACUAAAGGACGAUUUUGUCAGAGAUAAGAUCGUAUUGGGUAUAAAUAGUGAUAAGGUCAGAGCACGGCUGUUGAGAGAUGGUGAACUGACUUUAGAAAAAGCGAUAAAUGAGUGUAGAGCAGAAGAAUGUUCUGGAAGGUGGGCUCAGGAUAUAAAAGGAGAGACUUCUAAAGUGCAGGCAGUUCAACAUAGGCGGAAAGGAGGCCCUCGUGACAAGGGACCACGUAGUAACGGGCAGCAAAGAAGUGCAUCAAAUUGCUCCCAGGCGUCGAAUAGCCGGUCAUGCCGGUGGUGUGGAAAGGAGGUGCACCCCAGAGAAAGAUGCCCUGCAAAAGACAGUAAAUGUAACAAGUGCAAACGCCCAGGACAUUGGGGCAAGGUCUGCAGGAGUAGUAAAGGAAAAGGGUCUGUACAAGAGGUAGCAGAAGUGCAGUCUGACUCAGAUGAGUACUACUUCUUAGGAAGCAUCAGUGAUGAAAGUUACUCUAUUGAGAGUAUCAACAACAGGAAACGUAGGAGUGCAUGGUUUACGGAAGUCCAGGUGUCAGGUCAGAGCCUGAAAUUUGCUGUUGAUACUGGAGCAGAUGUGACAGUCAUUUCCAAAGCUGUGUAUGAUACACAGUUUUCACACUUCAUUUUGCAGAAGCCUGACAGGCCUCUUGGUGGCCCAGAUCAAAGCAACCUUUCAACUCUUGGAUUCUUUACUGCAGAACUAAAGAAAGGUGAUCAGACAAUCACAGAGGAUAUAUAUGUGUUCCCCAAAGGCUCUCUAUUGCUAGGUAGAGACGCUUGUGCAGAUCUAGGUGUCGUUAAGUUCAUUGGAAAAGUUACGUCAGAUCCUAUCCAGUCAGCGGAGUUCGGAUCAAUGUUCAAAGGCUUAGGAAAGCUAGAAGGAGAAUAUAAGAUUAAGAUCGAGCAAAACGCAGAGCCAUACAGUGUGAUGACUCCCAGGAGGAUAUCUAUUCCACUACUUCCUCUAGCCAAAGCUGAACUUGACAAGCUUAUCGAGCUAGAUGUUAUAGAACGGUGCACAGAACCAUCGGAAUGGUGUUCUCCUAUGGUCGUGGUGCCUAAAGGAAAUGGCAAAGUGAGGAUCUGUGUGGAUCUCACGAAGCUUAACGAAUUAGUGAAGAGAGAAAGAAUCAUGCUCCCCACAGUGGAUUAUACAAUUGCUCUGAUGGGAGGUGCUAAGGUUUUCUCUAAACUGGAUGCCAAUGCAAGCUUCCACCAAAUCUGCUUGGAUGAAGAUUCAAGGAAACUGACCACGUUCAUCUCACCAUUUGGUCGAUUUCGAUAUAAGCGAAUUCCCUUCGGUAUCAAAUCUGGCCCUGAGAAGUUUCAGAGUGAGAUCUACCGAAUACUAGGUGGUCAACAAGGUGUGGUAUGUCUCAUGGAUGACAUUGUCGUGUUCGGAAAGAACCAGGAGGAACAUGACGAGAGACUCGUACAGACAUUAACACGGCUGAAAGCAGCAGGUGUCACCUUGAAUAAGGAUAAGUGCCAAUUCAGCAAAAGCCAGAUUGACUUUCUAGGUCAUCGGAUCGGAGUUAAUGGUGUGGAAAGCUCUCCAGAGAAGGUCGAGGCUAUAUUGAAAAUGCGUGCUCCAGAGAAUGUGAGUGAGGUAAGAGGUCUGAUGGGUACAGUGAACCAGCUCAUGAAGUUUGUACCCAACCUUGCUACUAUGACACAACCUCUACGUGAACUCUUGAGCUCUCACAGUGCAUGGUGCUGGGGUCCAGCACAGGAACAGGCUUUUAAAGAGAUUAAACAAUGCUUGACGAGCAGCCCAGUGUUGCAAAUAUAUGAUCCUUCACUAGAGACCAAGGUGUCAGCAGAUGCGUCUUCAUACGGACUUGGCGGAGUGCUUUUGCAAAAGCACGGUGACAGGUGGGCGCCAGUGGCGUAUGCGUCCAAAAGCCUUCUGGAUGUAGAGAAAAGGUACGCCCAGAUUGAAAAGGAGGCCUUAGCUAGUACCUUCGCAUGUGAACGAUUCACAGAUUACAUUCUGGGAAAGGAUAUUAUACUAGAGACUGAUCAUAAGCCUCUUGUACCACUGCUAUCCACGAAGGAGUUGGAUCAACUACCCGUACGUAUUCAACGAAUGAGAAUGAGGCUCAUGAGAUACUCGUUCACACCUGUUCAAAAACUGUUGGAAAACUGUUGUACACUGCCGACACGCUAUCCCGUUCUCCAACACCAGCCAAAUCAGGUGAUUCAUUUCAUGAGGAAGUGA